CCGGAUGUUGAUCAGUAAUCGAGCGAUCAAAAAAUAUCGGCAACCCUCCAGACAUAUUUUUCGCCGGUUUCUACAGCAGACAAUUGACACUUAUAAAACGAUAUUCCCUAGAACAUUGGCAAUUAGCAAUUGUUAUAUUAUCAGUCAUGUCUCAAGACGGAUUUCAGUCUACACAAAUAAGGACUACGCACAACAACAACACGAGCUUGAGUAUUCAACAAACUCAAACACCUUGUCCGGGUAAAACACCCAUACAAGUUCUACAUGAAUACGGAACCAAAAUUGGUAACCUUCCCGUGUAUGUUAUGGAAAAAGCUGAAGGGGAGGCGCAUCAACCCAGCUUCAUUUUUAACGUGACGAUAGGAGAUGUGUCCUGCACAGGUCAAGGAUCCAGUAAAAAAGCAGCCAAACACCAGGCUGCUGAGUCUGCCCUGAACCUUCUAGAAAUAGACAUUGGGAAACCCCUCCACAUAAAAACGGAGAGUAAUGGCCUCCCUCCAGAGCACAACGACCAACCCAACUCAGUGGGAAUACUGCAGGAGCUGGCCCUCCAGCGGGGAUGGCGUCUCCCUGAAUACACUGUCCUCAUGGAGGCAGGCCCACCUCACAAGAGAGAGUUCACUGUUACCUGCAGAAUGGAGUCUCUAACAGAGACCGCAACAGGAAAUUCCAAGAAGGUGGCCAAAAAAGCAGCCGCAGAGAAGAUGGUGGCAAAACUUCAAAGUCUUUCCGGCUGUCCUGAAAUCACAUGGAGCCCAAAGCCUAGUGUGCGAUUGGAGAACUUGCGUAAUUCAUCGGCAGAGAAGAUGUCUCUACUGAGAAGAAACCCGCUGAGCAUUCCCAACACAGACUACAUCCAGAUGAUGUUGGAGCUCUCCAAUGAGCAGGGCUUCGAAGUCACAUACUUUGACAUUGAUGAGCUGACAGUGAACGGGCAGUACCAGUGCCUGGCAGAGCUGUCCACCUCGCCCGUCACUGUGUGUCACGGCACGGGCAUCUCCUGCAGCAACGCGCACAAUGACGCGGCCCACAGCGCUCUGCAGUACAUCAAGAUCAUGGCCUCCAUCAAAUGAACCAUCCUAGCAAACCGCCGUUUCACCCGUGAUACGUACUUAGGAUUUGAGGAUGAAAAAAAGAAAUCGCCACUUCGUCCCAGCUGAAACCUAUAGCUAUCCUCACUCUACCAUUGUUUUCCCUCUACCCCCCCCUUUUCACUCUGUAGAAUUGGUGGAUAUUGAAGGCAGUAUUAAUAUGAGUCAUUCCAUUUUGACAAAUAUUACAGCGUUCACAGGCAACCCGCGUACACCACCAGAGGUGUAUGUCAGCUAUUUUGAAGUUACUUUAAGGAGAAAGAUCCACUCAGCCAUUCGGUGCAAGCUAACCCUGCAGGGUUUAUGUACUGUAGAAAAACAAGGACAAUGGAAUAGAAUUGACAUAACUUAAGAGAGAGACCUCGAGGCCAAUGUGUCAAACAGCAACCAUCCUAUCCAACCGUACUGGUUUCUCUAUAAGCCACUGUGAGGAUUUGUGAUAGUGGUAUGAAUGAUACAAAAUGUAAAACUGCAUUUACACUGAGCUAAGCUAGAGAGAACUGCUUUGGACUUGUCUACUUGGGAAUUUAUGAGAAAAUAUUUAAUUUACCAAUGAAUUUGAUGUAAUAUUAAUUUCUAUAUUAAUAAAGUCUGCUAUUCAGUCAGUCAUAGGGAUAUUUUCUAAAUAAUGAAGCAGACUGAAAAUGGCAUGUUAGAUAUAUCAAAUAGGAACAGACACAUGAAAAUCAUUUCAAAUUGUUGUUUUAUCUCCCUAAUUAUAAUUUAUCUGCCAGUUCAAGAUUCAAUUACAUGAGCGAAGUUUUCCAAGUCACAUUGUCCCCCUAUUUUCACAAUCUACCAAUAUUUGUAACCAUCUUUUCUAGUUUGAUUUUAGAGCAUUAUUGUGUUUCUUUUUUCUUUUCUUUUUUUAAUUCUGUGUAAUUCCAUCAAACAGAGAAUGACUCGUGUUUCUAACUGCCAUGUGUAUUCACCUUAGAAUUUUGUUUCCAGUGGCUUUCUCUCCCAACAACUGAUUAUUGUCAUCAUCAAAAACAACAGCUGAAUUAGAACAUUUUACAUUUAUCUUGUUUUGGUUUGUGUUCUAAUUAUAUGACAGGAUAUAAAACUGUCUAGAUUAUGUAUUCUUUUUGUAAAAUGUAACAUUAUUAUGAAGUUAAUGGUAGCAAGAUGGUAUACUCUGAGACACUGGGACCACUCCUGAAUUAGACCUCAAGACCAAGACUGCCAUUAUCGUCUCUUCAUGCUGCAAAGACCCAAUAAUUGCAAUCUUGGUAGCUUUGAUGUUGAUGACUAAGAGGGUAGUUGCCCUGUUGUCUUUGGGAAUGUUUUCCUGCGCUCUCUGUGUGUGUGUGUGUGUGUGUGUGUGUGUGUGUGUGUGUGUGUGUGUGUGUGUGUGUGUGUGUGUGUGUGUGUGUGUGUGUGUGUGUGUGUUUUGCAUUUGUGCUGGCCUUCACCCUGAGUGAAGUCAAAUAUUGUUAUAGGCCUACUACUACUAAUGAUGGGAUGAUUUUUACAACUGGAUUCCACCUUGUUCUGAGCUCUUGUCACAAAGCCUAAAUUAGGCAAUUUAGUCUAAUUUUGGUUUGUUUUAAGGUGUAUGGUGAUGUUUUGGUGGAGUCAUCCCAGGCAUUUGCUGUGUACCCAACCAUAAUAAUACACAAUUAUAACAUGUAAAGUGGUGUGACAGGCAUGUUAAAUAAAUCUACAUUGGCCUAUAACUACA